AUGGCCACCCCCAGCAUCUCCGCCCCGCUCGCCGUCCGCGCCGCCCCCUCCGGCCCCUUGUCGCCCCCGUCUCUCCGUUUCUCCGCUCCCUCCACCGCCAAAUCUCACCCUCACCUUCAGCCUGGGUAUUCGUGUAGGCGGAUUGGAGCCAAACCACGCCUUGGUCUCCGAGGAUUCCAAUCUGUGUCACAUGGUGUUUCUUCACAGCAGGCUGAGAGGAUACGCUGCCAUUCUUCUCUCAGGCAAAACACAAUAGUUGCAUCUGAGAACGAAAAUCCACCUUUAAUGCCGGCAAUCAUGACUCCUGGAGGUGCUCUUGAUCUCGCAACUGUACUACUGGGAAAUCGUGUAAUCUUCAUUGGUCAAUAUAUUAACUCCCAGGUGGCACAACGUGUGAUAUCACAACUUGUCACACUUGCUGCUGUCGAUGAAGAGGCUGAUAUUCUGAUCUAUCUUAACUGCCCUGGUGGAAGUCUCUAUUCGAUCUUAGCGAUUUACGAUUGCAUGUCCUGGAUAAAGCCCAAAGUUGGGACAGUGUGCUUUGGUGUUGUUGCCAGUCAAGCAGCAAUCAUCCUUGCAGGUGGCGAAAAGGGAAUGCGCUAUGCAAUGCCAAAUGCUAGAGUAAUGAUUCAUCAACCUCAAGGUGGAUCGGAGGGUAAUGUGGAGGAGGUGAGGCGACAGGUUGGAGAAACCAUCUAUGCUCGUGAUAAAGUUGAUAAAAUGUUUGCUGCUUUCACCGGGCAACCACUUGACAUGGUGCAACAGUGGACAGAGAGGGAUCGGUUCAUGUCUUCUUCAGAGGCCAUGGAUUUCGGAUUGGUUGAUGCCUUACUGGAAACAAGAUACUAG